GACUUACUGAGAUUCCCAACUGUGGCUAUUUUUUAUCAUGCUAAGUGCUGAAAUUUGAAUCAAAAUCAGGACAUGGGUCCUUUUAAUGAAACUUAAAUUAUUCAACUUUCUAGUCAAGAAGGAGUAUAUACUUCAAACACAUAAUAUGAAGAAGACAAUAUUUUCAACUCUUCUUAUAUUUGCAAUGCUUUCAACAUUCUUUUUUGCUAUGCUUGUGUGCCCUAUUCAUAAAUGUUCCACCAACGAUGUCGGAUUUGAAAGCUCACCACUGAAUAUGCGUGUAUAUUUUGAAGAUUCACCUCCACUGAAAGGUACACGAAGACUUAUAUCUCGUCCGUUUAACGUUAGCUCUGGUGACACCAUGAUUGUUCUUCACAUCCAGAAAACUGGAGGCACUGUAUUCGGUCGAAAUUUAGUGCAAAACUUGAAACUUAAGAGACCCUGUGAAUUCAAAGGAGGUAAUACAUAUGAAUGCAAAAGACCUGGUUCCAAGGAAGAUUGGUUGUAUUCCCGAUAUUCUACAGGUUGGAUUUGUGGUCCUCAUGCAGGUUACACAGAACUGUCUACAUGUAUGCCAAACGUUUUACGUAAAAGACGUCGUCCAUUGCAUUUGAAUCGUGUAUUUUACAUAACAUGGCUGCGUGAUCCUGUCGAACGGUUUUUAAGUGAAUUUGGACAUGUGCGACGUGGAGCUACAUGGAAAACUGUCCGACAUGUAUGCAACGGAAAAGAAUAUAAUUCACCGAAAUGCUAUCAUGGUAUCAAUUGGAGCGACGUCACUUUGCAAAGAUUUUUAAACUGCCCAUACAAUUUAGCAUUUAACAGACAAACGCGUAUGACGGCCGAUAUUAAUCAGGUCGGAUGUUAUGGAGAUGAAACUAAUGAAAAGCAGAAAGCAAUUUUACGUAGUGCAAAGAAGAACUUAAGAAAUUUAGCCUUUGUUGGUCUUGUUGAAUUUCAAAAAGAAAGUCAAUUUGUUUUUGAACAAACGUUUGGCUUGAAAUUUGGCAAGUCGUUUGAGCAAAAAAGCCGAACCUUCAGUAAAACUAUGCUUAGUCGUCUAUCGCCUGCUGUGAUUAGAAAAAUACGGCUAUCUAAUAGACUUGAUAUGCAGCUGUAUGACUAUGCAAAAGAGGUUUUUUUUCAGAGAUUGGAAUAUUUUAAACUCUUACAAUCGAAAAAGAUUUUAGCUGCAACUCGAUUUCUGGCAAGGCUGCACCGAAACAAAUUAUCGUGAAGAAUUUAUUUAAACUAUCGAAGAAAACGUAUCAUAUAGUUGUAUAUUCGGAAAAUGGGAAAUGUAAAUAGUUCAAUUAUUUGUUUAUGGACGAUUCAUCGUGGUUUGCCACUAAGAUACAUUCGAACAGGUGACGACCUAGUUUCAUUUUCAAAUAUGAAUAAUACAUAUUUUUAGCUAAAACAAGACAAAAUAGUUCACUAGUUCUCUUACACUACAAGCUGUCGAAAAUACUUGAUUUUCAAUGAGCAAAGAAGAAAAAUUGAAAAUGUUAUUGAAAAGUUGUGUUUCUGUGCAUGCGAUAACUGCAGGGCGCUGGAAAGAUCGGACUUGCUGAAAGUGAUGUUUUGGUGCUCAUGCUGCACAAUGCACAGUAUGCUACUAUUCAAAAUUGCCUCUUGUGGCAUUUCAAUUAACUAAAAUUAAGUAAGGCAUGUCAGUAGAUCAAUAAAGUUAAUGUUUUGCGUGACAAGUGACAAAUGAAAUAUUUCUUACACAAAAAGUGUUGAUGUAAUUGUCCUUGUUCACAACUCUUUCAAAGUAUUCAUGUUUAGUCUGGUGGAUAUGACAACCAUUUUGAAUUGCGGCCAGUUCAACAAAUCUGUCACAUCCACUGCGUCAAACAUGUUUAUAUAAUUAAGGCAUACAGCAUGAGAUGUAUUAUGUUUUGACUGGUUUUGACUGAAAUUUCUCUGUUUAUCGUCCGUAAAAAGUUAUAGCGAGUGAUAAACGAUUCGCACAAAUAGGAGAUAAGAGCUCGAAGACUAUUUCCACUAAUAUUUACAUUCUUAAUAUCAGUAUUUUCGUUCCGUUGGUGCUCAAUUUCAAUUUUUAAACAAAGGAGGGGGUUUGUAGCAACAAUUUAGAAAGUUAAUAAUUUUGCCACACAACUUUUAAAAACAAUAAAACAUUCGACAAUAUAUGGGUUACAUAUGCGUAAAAAAACGAUUGUUGUAGAUAUACUUAUUAUCUAAAAGUCUUGCAAUAGAUUGCUAAGAUUUUAGAAUCUUUCA